AUGACUUGUGGCCACUACUUCUGUCCCUCGGCCCUUGCUCACGGCUGCCUUUAUCACCCUGCAAAAUUUUUGGAGAGAAAUGAUGAGAAAGUGGACAACGCGGACAUUAUAAGUUCAGGCAAAACAGGUCCAGUGUCAAGUGAGUAAUUAUUUCUUAGUUAAAGAGCCUCCUGACAAAUCUAACUAGAGUACCUUUUUCAGGCAGAAGUUCAAUCAACUCCAUCAAAAAGAAGGUUCCCGUACAAAACAAACCCCGAAUUCAAAGGCAGGUUUUGACACUUCAUUGCCAAGUUUUGAAACCUGACCCGAUUAACUGACAUGCAUGAAAGAUGAUGUACUACUUAUUAAAUGUGCAGUCUACUUUAGUUUGCAAAAAAUAAUGCGAACUCAAAACGGGCGCCAACCAAGAUCUCGACCUCUCUCUCUUAGUAGAUGCCAUUUAUACCCAUUGAUGCAUGUCGGAGGGUUUGCAACUUUAGGCUUAUGGGCUAGACAAUAACUCUAUAUUAACCAAUCACCUGUGUCCGGUGCAUUGGCAUAUAGCUGAACACAUACGACGACCAAUCUUAUGGAAUGUUAACUGAAGUUCUGCACUGCGUUUUCGACUAGGAGGGAUAAUCUAAGUGGAGUUGCAAUAUUAAUUAUCAGGCAACAUAAUCCCAAGACAUUCUAGCCACGCCAGAAUGUCUGCUCUUCAAUGGACUUAUUUCCGGCCGCCUGCGGCAAUCGAGCUACGUAGAUAAUGACUACUAAAGUUCCAUUAACUUGCCCAGUGCUUUUCCACGUCCUCAUACAUUCAACUAAAUUUGAUAGAAAAAACUAACAAACAUAACCUUUCAUGUACUAAUUUGGUGGCAAAUAACGUAUUCUUUAAAAGUUGCACUCGAAGAAAGGGCUUUUUUGGCUUCAAAAGGACUUUCAAUUUCCGAUUUUAUUUUAACCCGAUUUGCCGUUGCAUUUAUGCAUACGGCUUACCGUCUAAAACCUGAAUACUUUCAUGCAGAAAACCGUGCACCCCUCUGCGCCAUUGAAAAAUUAUCAUAGGACCCAAAGAAUUUUAUAAACGGUGCGUGCUACGUUGGAUGCUUCAUAUGGAGCAUUGCUAAAAGGUCCCAAGAUACGCACUGAAUGAACAUCUCGCGGUCUUAAAAUGUCUCAUAGCUGCAAACGUUUUUAAAACUUACCCUUUAUUCGAGAAUAAAAUUUAAAAAUGACGUGUUUUUUCACCCAAUGACUACAAGAAUGGAUAUGUCUGCCUAUGCUUUCCAUUAACUAUAUUCUAAUUUGCAAGGGAAUCGAAAAUUAAUGUGAAAACGUAUGCCAUGUAAGUGAUCAUUUUUUAUUAGUCGUAAUUUUUGCCGACGGCCGAAAUGAAGCACUUUAGAAAGCUGGCAUCCUGUUAUGGUUAGAAUAUCUUGGGAUUGUGUUGCCCGAUACUCAAUACUACACUUCUGACCAUGCAAUCCCUCAUAAUUCAAAUGCAUUUUAAAUUUCUGCCCAUAUUUCAUGAGACUAUUCACUGACUUUGCGUGGUUAUACGAGAAAUUUUUUAAGUCAAACAUUUAGCAUGCUUGAAAAUGACCGUAUGAAUACUCAGUCUGUUUAUGAAUACUCAUGUCUGCCCAUAUAAAGAAGGCCGAAAAUUUCUACGGGCCAUUCACUUCGAUGAUUCGCGCAUUAAUCAGCGCCUCGAAUUGGACGCCGCGCACAAUAAUCUCAAAAAAAAUGAGAAAAGACGAUAGGUAAUCAGAGUGGAAUGUCGGCAUCGGCCCACUGGCAGAAAUGACAGAGUAAAAUAGAUUUUCGCAGGCAGGCCUAAAUUUUAACGGUUUUACACACUUACUGCAGUCUGACGAUGUUCCGAGAAGCGCGCGUCGAAAAUUGUAUGCCAUAAAGUCCGUUGAAUUUCCCAUACGAAUCAUUUCCUUUGAAUACAUAUGUACAUAUGGUGGGACGGGUGCUCACUGAUUGUAUUACGGAACUGAGUCGUCCCGCUGUGCCUUAGGGAUCUCUCUCGAGCCCAACCAUCAGCCGCACGGCGGCGAGUAAUAUAGGCAGAGCAACGUUACCGACAAAGAUAAGGGAGACUGGUCGCGGGAUCGAACCCCAGGUGUUCCACACCCCGGGGUUGAGUAUGGCUGCCUGACGAUGGCUGAUAGAGUAGAUGUGGCCAUUCCAGCCUCUCUUAUCUUUGUCGGCAAUUUACUCUGCAUAUAUGCAUAUAUAUGGGUAGACAGAGAUUACUAACAAAUCAAGGAUGAUUGAGGUGACCAUUUAUAGCUUAUAAGCCGUCGUCAGCCAGCUAUAUCUAAAUCCAGGUUUGGGGGUACCUGACGUCAUCUCUUCUGUUUCUGUUACCAGCUCAUGUGCGGCAACAUGUGGGACUCUAGACCGAGUUUAAAGGCACAACGGACGAGCAUGUCCCCUAGCCCGAUCAAUGGACGCAGGUCAAAAUGUCAGAUAUUCCCCAUCUCAACCAACAAGAAAACGGGCCCCUGGGUCUGUGAUAGUGCGUUCGGCUCAAUGACUAGGUAGCUCGGGCUCUAGUCACACGUGUUGCAAGCCUGGGGUUGAGUAUGACUCGAUGAGGGUGAUGAUGAUGAUGAUGAUGAUGAUGAUGAUGAUGGUGGUGGUGGUGGCGGCGGCGGCGGCGGCGGCUAAUAAGCCCGUAAUGGUCAUUCGAUCUACGUUGUCUCUGUCGGCCCCCCUCUUAGAAGCGCAUGCAUAGUGAGCAUGCGUUCACCGAGCAGCUUACUGCGCAUGCUCAUUCUGUUGCCCUUGCAAACACUAAGUUAAUAAUCACCUACAUAAAUUUCAUUGACGUUGGUUCCAGCUAGAGGUCAAAAUGUACUAGUUAGAAUUUAUAAUGGGGUCAGUUACAUGCUUAUUUUUACUAUUUAAAACAGCGCUUUCCCUUCAUCUUCAGUACCGUCAUAUGAAUAAGUCGAUGAUGCUAUAUGUCUCAUAAUUUCCUGGUCUUUCUCCAUAACUAGGAGUUUAGGGAGGAUUAUGAGAAUUCAGUGGACCUAGUUAAUGUUUAUUGAAAUUACCAUAAUCCCACGCUUCACUGAAUAGAAUAACCACGUUGCCCUGUUCCAUAUCUUACAGAAAACCGAGCGUUCAUUAUCCUUGUUGUGGCCUCGAUGCCUCUUACCACAAUUCGGUUCAGUACUAUACGGUGAGUGACGCAUCCGAACAUUUCGUUCUUCUGCGCUUUAAUACGACAGAGGUGUAGAGGUUUUCAAAAUUGAUCUAACACACAAAUAACUGAGAAUCUAGACUUUAGCUUUAAGAUAUAUAGUAGGCCGCGAUUACAAAGUAAGUCACAAGAACGUUCUUUUAGUGUGAGCUCAUUGAGCUCGCUCAGUCUUUCCUAUGGUUUUUUUUACUCAUAAUGACAUUUUAGGGGUCAAUAAAUGCUUAUUUUGAUGGGGAUACUGAUCGUUCAUCUAAAUACGUAGGCACAGUGCUCACAGAAGUGGCUUAGUUUACCAAAAUUUUAAUUGAACGCCAUUUACGAUCCGAAUUGAGGUUUUUUAUAACGGUUUCGGACAGUAUACAUGUCUUAAAGAACCUAUGUGUUGGGGUGUCAUCAAGUGAAAACCUCGGUUUUUAGAAUAGUCCUUAGCUCUAUGUGUAUGGGUGCAUCCACCUAAGGCCAUGGGUUUCUCGUUGUCCAUUCUGAAAGCAUUUCGUACACUAUUGUUUAAGAAUUCAAUGCUAUGUCUGACACUUAUUUGGGAUUUAUAUUGCUGACAGGGCUGUGCAAGUUGCUCACACAAUAUUAGACACCUUCUGGAUUCCGGCGACCCUAUCGCUCAACUUGCACAGACUGCAUCUCGAUGGCUUGAGGUAGUCGGAAAGACAAAGACGGUCCCGUUAACAGCGGAGGGGAAAAGGUGAGAAGCUUCAACAACUUUAAUUUUCCUCUGUAGGCGUUGUAUUUGAAUUGGGUUUCGUGAAGACAACAAUACCGGUUCUGGACUUUAUAAAUGGAUACUAGAAAUUUCUUGAUCGUAAACGUUUUUACGAGUGACUCAUUUCAGUCAGAUAUCCUAUAGACGUAGAGAUGUAAAAUCCCCUAAAAACACCAUUUGAAACGCUGGCACAGGUAAUCUGUUGUCGUCUGACAGAUCCAGAUUGCAUCUUGGUUAGUCAGCCUGAAGACGAAACAUAGAAGAGAGCCGAAAAUCAACGAUUUUGAGCAUUUUGUUGCCCUCUCUUUUGGCAGUUGAGUGAGUAAGAAACCCGGGUUAGGUAAUGAAGUACUCAAGCGCAACUUGAAAAGCCGGGAAUGCCAGUAAAAAAAACAAACCGUGGCAGCUGAAAACGAUGGCACAGGAAUACGGGAAAAAGCUAAGUAUGGAGAAGCGAAAAACCACAGGAGUUUAGUGCGAAUAAAACCAACAAGACCAAGAAUCUAAUUGAAACACGCGAAGAGCGACGAAAAGUGUCCUAACUAGAUGCCAGAUUUCACUCAUUUAAGAUGUUGACUAAUAUCCAAACACAACAAGAUGAACUCCGACGGCAUCAUCUCUUCUGAGAUGCAUCGUUAAACAGAGGAACUUCAUCUUUCCUUUUUAUCGUUCCCUAGCAUUAUAGGUUUUCCCUACCAGACACUUCAAUAACGAGGGGAUCGGCAAACUAGGCCAGCUUGCAGGCGGCCAGGAAAUGGUGUUAUUUUUGAAUUUUUUCUUAAAGAUUAAAUCAGAAGGCUGUUUUUAAUACUCCAAGCAUCCCGCGUAAAUGGCCUCACGUUGUCAUGUCUUACGGAUUUGAGGGGUCCUGAAUGUUUGAAUCCCCAACAUGUAAUUCACUGAAGCCUUGGACAGCUUCUAGAAGCUUGGUUUCUUGUCAAGUAUUCGUGGUUCAUUUGGUAAAAUUCAGCUCAGGACCAUUAGCCGCCUGAAAAAAAGCAGUAAACUUAGCAAGAAUUGCGCAUACAUGGAGUGGGCUUGAACCUUCCCCGCCAAAAGUAAUAUACUUAUUAUUCCAACUAGAGCAUCAUUUUUGUUGUGGUAUUGCUAAUUGAAGUAUCUUAAAAUUGCAUUGCUCAAUUUACUUGAUCAGGUAGGGACGGCUUGCCAAAUAAAGAGUAAAAAAGAGCAGGGUCAAUCACAUAGUAUCGGUCUAAAAUGGCCAGGAAUAACAGCUUUCAGGGAGAUCAGCACUCCUGUAGCUCUCUGUAUACGGCGGCUAAAGAACGCUACCGUCUCUGAAGAAUUUUAUAAAAUUGUCAACUUGUGGUUUGGUGAGUAUUUUCAAAGCUACCUAGAAGGCUUUAGGAAAGUAUGGUGAAAUAGGAAGUUGAUCAAACUGUUCGAAAUUACUUCUCAGGCAGUCAUUCCUCCAUUCCGAAAGAUUGAGGUCCGCCGGGGCGGAUAGUGAUCGAUGAUGCGGGACUGGCAUUUUGGAAGGCGAAUGACUGCCUCUGGUUUAACCUAUUUAUUCGCCGCAACAAACUAACGCAAAUAUCUCGGGCAGUCGAAAAAGGACUUCUAAGGGGAUUUGCGCUUCUUAUUUGUGUUCCGUACCAUAAGUUCCAUGCUGGUGUCCUAAAUACAGAGCCGGUGCUCUCCUGAUGGCCUUAAACGAGUCUCUACCCAGCUGGCAGUCAGCUGGUAAUUUACGAUUAUGCAAUGAAAUUUAUUCCAUCAUAUUCGAAAGAGAAGAACUAGUCAAAAGCCCUGCCACAUGUUCUACCGGCAUAAUAUGGCUACAUGUAACAGUAACAAAGCCUUCGGCUUAUUGGGACAGAAGGUUAGACUGAUAUAUCCCCGGUAUAUUCUGCUUUUGGUUUGAAUUUUCAGAGUGAGAUUAUGGAAGUUGUCAAGGGCGCGCCUUUUUAAGUUCCCCCAGCUCCUUGGCUAACAACUUUAACUGCACGGAUGCGACCUCAACUGAGUGGUCGACAACAGUAAAGUAUGCAAAAUAUAGUGAUGGCGUGGUAGCCAAAAACAUUUGUUAGACGGGAAAGCUGUUAGCGUGGUUGUGCGGGUGGAGCACAUGCGGAAGAACACAAAAUCGCCAUGGUAAUACCAAAGAUAAAAAACACAGGCAAAAUAAGGCAUUUUGUUUAAGUGGACGUAUAAAGUGCUAGAAGGCGAGCGCUAAAUGAAUAAUAGGAGAAAAUGCAGGCAAAUAAGGGGGUGGAAACCACCAAAGCGGUAGGGGUUGAAUGAUGAAGGAAAGGAAACAUGUCAUGGGCGCGUGAAGGACUCGCAGGAUUAUAGCGCAAAUCGUCCAUCGUAGUCAGCGCGAUAGAAAGUGGUCAGCAGCACUGGGCACUUGCACACCAUGGGACAAGUCAUGGUUUCAUCCUAAAAGGCGGGUAAUUAAUCUUUCCAGACGGAAAAGCCGAUUUCUAUCCCAAAAAUGUAGAAAAAUUCAAACCAAUUAAGAACAAAAUAGGAUAUACAACAGAGAUUCAUUUUUUAUUCCGAACAGUACGUCAAAAAAUAAGUAAAACAAGAAAAGUGGAGAUUUACGACGGAAAAGUUAGUUUUGUUUACGAAAAAUCCAGCAGAAUUUAAAAAUGAGAUAGGGUAAGACUUCAGGACGAAAAAGUUUAUUUUCUCCCAGAGAAAUGUAUCACAAAUCAAAUCGUGUAUGAUAAGGGCAGGAUUUCAGAUGGAGAAGUCAAUAAUGCAGUCAACAAUGCAGUCAAUAAUAAAGUCCUAGAAAAAUUGCAUCAAAAAUUAAACUAAAUUAAUUAGGAAUAGGUAGGAUUUAGGGCGGAAGCGUUAAUUCCUAUUCCCGAAAAGUAAAAAAGUAGGAUUAGAUAGAUAUAAAGGAUGGAAAAGUUAAUUUUUAUUUCCCGAAAAAUAUACGAGCAAUUAAAUAAACUAAUAUUAAGGACGAAUUUAGGAAGGAAACGCUCAUUUCAACCCUUAAGACUUCCAGCAGAAACAAAAAUAGGAUUUGGUAGGUAUGUAAAAUGGAAACAUAUUUCUAUUCCCCGAAAAAUGCGUCAGGAAUGAAAUAAAGUAGGAUUAAGUUAAGAGUUAUGACGAGAAGGUCAUUUUUAUCCCAGAGUAAUCCUAAUUUAUUAGACUUAUCAGGGUAGUGCAAUUUAGGCAAAUGAAACCCAUAAAACAUGGCUACUCAGAUGCCAGUAGUAGACAGAUGCCAAGGUAAGCAAAAGGUGAGACCACGCGGUCAUGUCACCGAACAAUCUUGUACUGCCUAUGACUGAGAAGACCUACGUGACCAUAUUCCAAAGAAUCCGAAGAUACGCAGGACUUAAGUUGAUGACCGUCACUUUAGAUUGGAUUGAGGAUGAAGGCAAUCAAGUUUACAUACUCACAGUCGAGCUUCUUAACGUUUCUCCAGGAGGCAGCUUGAAGACAGGUCACUUAUAUUGCAGAUGUAAUAUAAUAGACUUAGUCCCUAAAAGACUCUUGGACCAUUCCAAUCAGGGCAAUUCCACGAGUCAUUGGGGGACAUCCUCUAUCUACUGAGAACUGCAACGCCUUCUACUUAAACAAACUCAUUGUAGCGACAACGCCUUUCAAUAUCCUCGGUCGUCUCGCCCGUCCUGGCAAGCAUGACAUCAACCCGAAAGACUAUUGUGCCGGUCAGCUGACAGUUGACGACGUGAGUCCAUGUAUCUUACUUUUAUUUGUGAAUUACUUCGUCCGUAAUGACCAAACUGCAGAUUGAUUCCAAGUAAGGAUACUUGCAAGCACCGCUUGGUAAGGCCAAAACAUCACAUACUGUCACGGUUUUAAUGAAUCCGGAGGACGAGAGGAACAUGACAUGUUUACAUACCUCCAGAGUCUAAAGACUGCGCUGUGGGCAAAACUUCCUGUGUAAACUCACUAAAUGUUAAUUUAAUUUGCAUUUCUGUUUAAAUACACGAAUUGGUCAAUUAAGUAGUCAUCCGGCCCCCAAAUGUAUGAUAAAAGUUAACUUAAAAAAUACUUUAAUCAUUCGAAAAUCUCUCCAUGUAUGUUGCUAGGGCAGUUUCCAAUUUGAUCGAGGAAUUAAACAUUCACACUCAUUUAUGAAAAAAUCAUGUCCUUCCCUUGCCUGAGGAGCAUGCAUACUCAAAACUCUGUUUCUGAAGACCAGGUGCCAAGUAAAAUUGGGAGAUACAUGCCAUCUGAUGAUCAACAAGGGUCUAAAUUCUGCCUGAGGUUCCGGAGCAGCUAUGGCUUAUACUGAUAAAAUAGAUGGUGUGGGUACAUGGGUUAACGGCAACCGUGAAGAAUAAAGCACAUUUUGAGAAGCGUUUGCGUCUAGCGCUCGUUCCUUGUUACCAGCCAGGAGCUCCAGUCCUAUGCAACUUCAGGACAGUUCAAUUGUCCCAACCUAAAUACCAUCCAGGGAAUUCUGACCAUCAAUACUGACUUACACCGAAAAUUUAGCCCUUCCCCGACUAAUUCAAUGUAAACUUGAACAGUGCUCGAGGCAACUGAUGACGCUUCAGGUGAGUCGCAUCCUUUGUUUUUCUUCCCAAACGUCUUCCGGCAGGAAUAUCAAGGCGCCGAAAUGGUCAAACGGACUAGAAAGAAUCGCGACCUACUGGAAAACAAGAAAGACAUUUUACUAAUCAAGAAGGUUGAACACCAUUGUUGUCUUUGUGGCGUAGAGUCCUCCUCAGAGCUUCGAAAGUCUACACCUUUCGAACCAAUAACGGUGUUCUUUAGAUCAUAAUAUUGGCAAUUUAGUCAUAAUUACAGACAGCAACUUUCGACUUCAGCCAGAUAGUUAUGCAUUUCGGAGUGUUGUGGCUAGGAUCCUAUCUAAGGCACCACUAAGGUCGUUUUAUCAGGGGGUGCAAGGGUGAUGCACUAAUUACUAUUGUUUACAUUCUAUCAGAAUAUACGAACAAACUCCGGUCACAAACAUGACGCUGAGUAGAAAUCAAGUCCACGCUCAAACGAGUGUAUUUUGGCGUUUCGGCUUCCCUUUCGAAGCCAUCAUCUGAGGCACCAAUCAGUGAGUGACUAUAACUCACAGGAAUGCAUUGUCUUCAGCACGCAUCUCUUUCGUAGUUGCAUACCUGUGGAUUGGUCGGCGGAACUUGAUUCAUCCGCCAUUAACCGGGUUAAGCUAAUUUAUUCCGCAAACUACUCGAUUUCUCUUGAAUUGCUGCUUGAACCUCGCCUAUGCGCAGGGAAGGGCAAAUUUGGAACCGACAAAAGCUAAUGCCAGUUCCAAAAACUAUUUGGGAACAAGACUCGAUUGCCGGAAUUCGCCUUUCCGCUUAUAUCAAAAAUUCCUGCACCAAUGAUCGCAUAGUCCUCCUCUCAGUCCUAAAAUUCUUUUGUCCAACUACUUAGGUAUGGUAAAAAGAGAGGGACCCCAUGCGUCGCUGUUGUUCAUUGCCUCAAACCCAUUUUAUUACAUUUGAACUGACUCCUAUGAAAAAACCUAGCUUGUGCAUUAAAAUCCUUUAGCCUGUGAGUGGGGAGAUUCACAUCUAUGCUCCAGAACACAUUGAAAUUGGGGCCAACUCCGAGAAUCCAAAUUCGGUUACUAAGUUGCUGGUUCUGCCUAAGGAAGUGGACGUAGCUGAUUCUGCCGUGUGGGACUCCGCGAAGACGCUAAGGGCGAAUCAAGACUCCCAGCGCCAAGACGGUAAUUAGUUUUUUUGUGCAUGCACCUGAAGACUGAUUACUUUGCGUAUUGUAUUUUCCCUCUCUUGCGCUAUUUCGAGGCGGUUUUCAGACUACAAUCAGUCCAAUUUCAUUCAUAACUUGUGUAAAACAAAACUGCCCUGUCAAGAAUUGCGCCAGAGACAUUUCAUUUAGGCUCUUCCUAGGACAUAGUCUGUAUGCAUCUUUACGGAAUGUUAGCGGUUCGCUUCUGACCUACGCCCACCUUGCGUUAUCUGUUCCAUCAGCCAAAAGAUGAACAGCGCAUAUGGUUUGGUGUAAAUGUCAGGGAUACUAGCGGUUUGUGUACAGACAAUUUGUUGCAGUCCGUAAUUUCAUUGAGUAGCAUUUAAUUUUGUAAUGCAGCCUAUAGAACUGAGAAUAAGUCUUUAAUAUGUCUAAUAGUAAGUUGAAAUUUUUUUACUUACACUUGUAACUUUAGCGUUUUGUUGUACCCGCUUUUCUAGUUAGUUGGUUGGAACUUUAGAAAAGACUUUUUGGCAGAAAGAUAGAAUCCUCAUAUAAAUGGUUAUAUUGUAAUGUUGACUCUACUUAGGCAUGGAGUAUCAAAUAUUACUUAAGAAACUUAACUUGUGAAUAUUUUCAUAAACUUAGAUUUACGUCGAAUGAAGUAUUUGACAGAAUUUCUGGUUUCACUGAGAUCGCCGACCACCGAUGAAACUAUUUUGACACCUAAACAGGUAGGGUGAUCCCCUCGAAACGGGAUUUGACUUUAAGUUUUUGCAAUCAGCUUUGUUUAUUUGAGAGUUGAUAAUACCUUGCCCGCCAGUAUGUUUUUUUGCGGAACUGCACAGAAAAUUCAAAACAGGAAGACAUCCAUCCCUCCUAUUCCUUGAGUCUUUGCAGUCGUGCACUACUGAAUUUCACAUUUCGACUAACGAAAUCAAAAGCAUAUUAGUGUCUGCAAUAAAAAACUUCAAGGGAACCUUACUAGUUGUCUGCAGACAUCGAAAAACUAAAUGUGUGUUUGCCAUCUAAGCCGUAAAUGACAUCCACCCUUCUAGCUCUAGAGUUUACCCUCUAUAUAUAGUUUACUCACAUCCGUGGAGUAGAUCGCAUGGCCCCCGCGAAUUCGAUGCCGAAUUAUCUUGCAGUGGAAGUCCUUUGAUGCCGACUAACUCGUCCGUGUUUUUUUUAAAUCUUAGCAUCCCGGAGGAAUAUUCGUCCGUCUAGAAGCUGAGUGGCGUAUGAAAAUCGGACUUACGAACUCCGCUCGCCUACCCAGCAUUACUAGGUUAGUCAUUUCCGCGUUGAUUAUUGGUGCAACUGAAUCUCAGAUCGAGACUUCUAGCUAG